AUGUUCAAGAAGUCGAGCAAGCCGAAGAACGUGCGGAAGCGGCAGCUGCUGAGCGAGGACCAGGACAGGGACAGCAGCAGCAGCGGCGGGGGCGACGAGGACGCGUCAGCGGGCGGGAAUGGUCCGCCGAAGUCGAAGAGUGCGCGCCGAGCCGAGGGCAAGCUCGCCUUCACCUCCGCCUCGUCGCAGCAGCGCGCAGCUCGCGCCGCAGCGGCGGAAGCGGGGACGGACGGCGCCGCGGAGGGUCCCGCGAGGCCAGCAGUCAGCUUCGCGUAUGAGUCGGACCGACGCGUGCAGAUGGCGUCGGACAGCCGCGCGACGGCAACGCUAGAGACGGAGACGGAGUUUGACCGCGACUCGCGCGCCAUCCGCGAGAAGGUGCUGAAGCAGGCGGAGGAGGCGCUCAAGGGCCGCGCGCGCGAGGGGGGCUCCGCUGCUGCUGGCCCCGCAGGCCCGCCGGGGAGCAAGAAGGAGGAGUCGUUUGUGGAUCCGGUGGUUACCAAGUGCCGGCACUACUUCUGCGAGCACUGCGCACUCAAGCACCACUCGCGCAACAAGAACUGCUUUGUGUGUGAGCAGCCGACCCAGGGUGUGUUCAACACGGCACAUGACAUCAUCAAGCGUGUGAAAGAGCGUGCCGCCAAGGAGGCCAAGGACAAGGAGGAGAUUGCCAAGGGAGCGGGGAGCUCCAGACCAGAAGCUGCUGGCGGUGAUGGUGGGGAUAGUGAAUGA